CCAUCUAUCCAUCUAUCUGCCAUGCCCAAGAAGAUUAUGGUCUGCGUCGACGACUCGAUCUACGGCGUCCAGGCCCUCGAGCAUGCCCUGGUCCAUGCCGUCCAGGACAAUGACGAUGUCGUGGUCGUCACCGUCGUCAAGCCGCAGGCGAGCGCCGACUAUGCCGAGCUGGUCGGAGCCACCGGCGCCAUAUCAUCAUCCAUCACGGACGAGGAGCUCCAGAGCGCCGGCCUCAUCGAAGUUCGCGACCUCCUCAAGAAGAUUCUGAUCAAAUACCCCGUCCGCGCCAACUUUGUCGUCAAGGCACUCCUUGGUGACCCGCGCGAGUCGCUCGUCUCCUACUCCGAAGAAAUCAGUCCCGACCUGAUUGUUGUCGGCAGCCGUGGACGCACAGGACUGAAAAGCCUUCUGCUCGGCAGUGUCUCGACCCAUGUCGUCCACCACGCCCGAUACCCUGUCCUGGUCGUCCGUCCACACAAGAACUGAGCAUCAUCGUGCUGUCUCCGGUGCUGUCUUUCAUCUGCGCCCCCUGUCCGCUCGCUCUCGACAAAUGGCAUAUACUGUGUGCAGACAUUUGGCCUCUCCGACUCCCCUUCCCAGCCAUGUUGAGCAGCAUCCUUUCCCUUUCCCAACCAGCUUCGCGACAUGAUCCCUCGCCCUUCCAAUGCUUCUCUAUUCCUUACUCCAUGUGUCUGUUUCGAGUACUCUGAUUGUAUCGGGGCCUCUUUUAUAAGGCUAGAUUUUGGCGCAGCCCUUUCUUCAACACAAAGGCCUGGAAGCGGAAGACUCUCUCCCCCCUUCUCUCUCCUUUCUCACAAUCGCAUGGACCCCUUCCCUCCUUGUAUGUGUGCAUGAUUCUGUAGAGUGAGUGUGCGUGUGAUAGAGGAGAAUACAUACCCACUCCCUGGUCC